AUAGUGGUGGAUAAUGGAAUGUGCAGGCACAUAUGGGCUGGCCCGGCUGAUGCCACCCGGGAUUGGGCGCUGGGACUGUUUACGACGGAAUUCACGUAUACCUUGAGUCUGGUGUUUAUCAAGUGGUCCAUCCUCGCCUUCUACUGGCGCAUUUUCAGCAUCCAGUUUCUCGACAAGUUGUGCCUUUGGAUCCUAGCCGGCAUGGUUGCCUGCUGGGGGGUUGCCGCUAUUCUCGUUUCGAUUUUUCAGUGCGUCCCAAUACCGGCUCUCUGGCAACAGUUCGACCCGGUCCAUCCCACCGAUCCAGACACAUUCUCAUGCGGCGUCGACAUUCACAACCUCUUCAUCGGAAAGGCAGUCCCUCACAUUGUGACGGAUGCGCUCAUCUUAAUUUUUCCACUGCCAUAUAUUUGGCAUCUGCACCUGCGUUUGUCGCAAAAGAUUGCUACAGCUGGGAUUUUUCUUGUGGGAAUUUUUGUCAGCAUUGUGUCGAUUGUUCGAUUCGUGUUCGUGCUGGAGGUUGAUCUGGACAGCCCAGAUGUGACGUGGGACCAAUGCACAGAGAUGUUAUGGACAGGGAUUGAAAUCUAUAUCGGAACUGUCUGCGGUAUGUCUUGA